GUAUCAAUACAGGUGCUCGUGUUUUCAACGUCUGCAAGCAGUAGUGUUAUUAAUUUGUUAAUGUUUAUAGUUUCGCUUUUAUAUUUAUUUCAGUUUAGUUUUGUAGUACUAGUUUAGUUUUGUAGUUCUAGUUUAAUUAUAUUUAAUUUGUUUGUAAAUACAUUCGUCAAUAUGCCACGAAGGCGUAUUCCUGAAAGAUGGACCUGCUAUAAACCCAUCGGUAAACCUAUUGAGGGCACUAGAUUUUUUGCAUUUAAAGUGCCUUUAGCAGAGGCGCAGAACAGAAAUGUAGAGGAUGUAGAGAAGCGCUUAGACUGCCAGAUGAUUUUGAAUAGUGUUCCUAAUAUAGGUCUGGUUAUAGACCUGACCAAUACACUGCGUUAUUAUAAGCCUGAAGAAUUUUUAAGUAAAGGUGUUGAGCACCACAAAAUUUUCACCGAAGGGCAUGUUGUACCAUCGCAGAAAGUUAUUAACGAAUUUCACGAAGUGGUUAAAACUUUUUUAAACAAAAAUUCUGAUAAUGAAAAAAUAAUAGGUGUACAUUGCACACAUGGGGUAAAUCGUACGGGAUUUUUGUUGUGUCAUUAUAUGGUGAAAAAUCUAUCUGUGAAAUCGGCGGAAGCUAUAAAAAAAUUUGGAGAGGCACGUGGACAUAGUAUAGAACGUAAAAAUUAUAUCCGAGCUUUACAUGAGUUAGAGUCUUCUGACGUCACAAUAAAAUACAAAAAGAAUGUAAAUAUAAAAUCAAGUGAACAUGAAUAUAAAAAUGUAACUCAAUAUAGAGAUCAAGUUAAUAAUGAAAGAUUUAAUUCACGGUAUGGUAAUGUAGAGGGUUAUUAUAGACAUUAUGGUAAUUUUAAGUGUAAUAAUAGAUAUAAUCAAAGUCGUAGAAAUAUUCAAAAUCAAUAUAGUUAUCAAUCAUUUGCGAGAAGAUUCAGAAAUAAUCAGGAAUAUAACCGUAAUCCUUAUGUUUACAGCAAUUCAAGUACCUAUAAUAGACCGCAAGACGAGGUAUUUUAUAACGAUGAUUUUUUAUGAAACCGUUUAAAACGAAUUUUCUGCUAAAUUAAGUUAAUUAAAAAAGCGCUCAGCUUAUUUGAAUAAUUAAUUAUUUUAUUUAUGUUUUCACUAAAAACCAACUUCGCUUUAAAUGAAAUAUUUUUUUUUGGUUCCUUUAAAAUCAGUUUAAGAGAAUUGUACUGUAUAUUAUUGAUGAAUUUAUUGUUAAUUUAAUUUAAAUUUUUAAUUGUGAUUCAUAAAAUCCUUCUUAGUUCAUUACAUGUAAUAAUUAUAGUGAAUAGUGCAAAAGUGU